AUGUGUAUUCUUUUGUGCACUGUGUCACACCCGGAUUAUGCCUUUGUGCUUGGCUCGAACAGGGACGAGUUUUUCAGCCGGCCAACGCAGAAGGCGGAGUUCAUCGACGGCAGAUACUUGAUGCCAGUCGAUUUGGCCCGAGAAGAGCACGGGACGUGGAUUGGGGUCAGCAGGGGCGGUCGGUUCUGUGCGUUGGUCAACUACAGGGAGGACGUGUACCCGUGCCAGAUGGGAGCGAUCUCGAGGGGCCGCAUCUCGAGAGACUUUUUGGAAAGCGAGCUGGAACCUGUUGAGUGGGCGGAGGACAUCAGACGCAGGACAGACAACUUUGCCAACAUCGGGGGGUUUUCUCUGUUGUUUGGAGUCUUGAACAGCUCCAAUUGCGAGAACUCGCUCUACGUCAUAUCCAACCGGGUAGAAGGUCUUGUAAGGCCGUUUGCGGACGAGAAGGGAGACUACAGAGUGCUGGGGUUGUCCAACUCCUCGAUCUUCCAGCCGUGGCCCAAGGUGUGGCGGGGCAAGGAGCUGUUCAACACGAUGCUCAGCCAGCGCACGGUGCAGGACAAGGACGCGAUGAUCGAGUCCGUGCUGGACAUCAUGUGUGACCAAUACGACGGCCUGCAGAACGGGUCGUCGAUGCGUGACAACAUCAUCGACAACGUUCCGCAGUCGGUCUUCGUCCCCGCGUUGGAGAACGAUCUUCCCAACGACCUCGAGCGCCGCCAGGGCCACUACUACGGCACACGGACCCAGACAGUGAUCUUGCUCACCCACGACGGACAGCUCACCUACGUUGAACGGGACAUCCGUGUUGGCGACGGCAACAUCACUGAAUCUCUCCAUCCACAGGGAAAGGCCAGUGAUUAUUACCCUAUGUCCCGUUUCGACUUCCCGCUGACGUAA